CUAGCACCAGAUAAUUUCAAUGCCUAAUAUUCCCCAGGAUUGCUGGAGUACCCUAGGAGCUGCGUCGGACUGUACUCGGGGUAUGCCAUGGGCUGUAUUCAGAGUAUUAGCUGCAAAUCCAAAGUUUUCCGGGAAAGUAUUUCAGUGAUUGAAGUCAAAGCCUCCAUCGAUCCCAUUCCCACCAGCAUCGACGAGUCCUCCAGCGUGGUCCUGCGCUACCGGACCCCUCACUUCCGAGCCUCUGCGCAAGUGUUGGUGCCCCCUAUUCCCAAGAAGGAGACCUGGAUCGUGGGCUGGAUCCAGGCUUGCAGCCACAUGGAAUUUUACAAUCACUAUGGGGAACAGGGAAUGUCAAGUUGGGAGCUUCCGGACCUACUGGACGGUAAAAUCCAGGCCAUCAGUGACUCAGAUGGAGUGAACUAUCCCUGGUAUGGAAACACGACAGAAACCUGCACCAUCGUGGGUCCCACAAAGAAGGAGUCCAAGUUCAACAUCAGCAUGAACGACAACUUUUACCCGAGCGUGACGUGGGCAGUGCCCGUCAGCGAGAGCAACGUGGCCAAACUCACAAGCAUUCACCGGGAUCAAAGCUUCACCACCUGGCUGGUUGCAACCAACACGGCUACCAACGAAAUGGUGACCUUGCAGACUAUCAAAUGGCGCAUGAGGCUGGGCAUCGAGGUGAAUCCCAGCAGACCCUUGGGGCAGCGUGCCAAGCUGCAGGAGCCCUCUGCUCAAGAGCAGCCCCAGGUCCUUAGCAAGAAUGAGCCAAUACCACCCAGUGCCCUUGUCAAACCCAAUGCCAAUGAUGCUCAGGUACUCAUGUGGAGGCCAAAGGACGGACCACCACUUGUGGUGAUACCUCCAAAACACCGAUAA